GAUACAAAAUUUCGUUGUGAGGUUGAGGUUGGCCGUUGAAAAGAGUGAACAUGGGAAGGUCCAAGUUUCCCGGGAAGCCGCCAAAGACGGUCACCAGGAAACGGAUCAAGGUUCUCGGCCAGCCCGAGACAGCCCAAAGCGAUUCGGUAACCGUCGCCGAAAACAUCUACUACGGACUUUCCCUGUUCAACGAAACGUUCGGUGACAACGAGAAGGAACAUCCACCAUUCCAUGGCUUUAGCACUAAGGAAGCUAAUCUAUCCGUGUCCUACGUGAAAACGCAACAGCACGACAGCACAGGAAGCAACACAACAGGAACAACUGUUAAACCUAAACCUGAUGCCGUUGACAGUCCGGCGCCGCAGCAAAGUGUACAGAAUGUCGCAGAUAUUAAAAAUCUUGCCUCGCGUACUGAAAAUAAUACAGAGAAGAGCGUAGGCGAUAAGAACGUAGGCAGGCCAGCGGAGGAGGAUCACAAGAAAGAUGUGACCGUGGUAAAUUCCAACAAGCAUGCUGCCAAGUUCCACAGGUCCAAGAGUCGCAGAAAUUGUAAAAACAUAAAGUUCUCCAAUUUCAUGAAGACGCCAGUAUUAAAGUCAGUGAACAACAUCUUGGAUCAGCAUCAACGAACGAGACAGCUGCGCAACAGCACUGCAAAGAGAUUGUUGCAGAGGGCGAAAUCCAACAGCAACAACAAUGCGCGUAACAUGACAGCGCAAUGCGGUGACAAGCCAAACGCUGUGAGAAAGUUCAUUCUACCGGUCCGAAGUGCCCAUUCGUCCAGAGUUAUCAAGCCAAACAAGAGGUUCAUCGAAGAGCUAGAGGAAAUAUCUGGAGCAGAAGCACACAGCGAGAACGAAGUUGGCACGCACGUGAAGAAAGCUAAAUUCACAUUGAACAAACUUUGUAAUCAGGAGACGAAACUGAAAGAGGGGAACGUUGCGAAACUGUACACGAAAUUGAAGGACAAAGAGGCAAAGAGCAGGGCCAAAAAGGUCAUUCAUCGUGCAAGUCAUUCCAUACAGACUGCCCCACUACAGACUGUAGUAACACAAUCUGCGAAGAAUCUUGAAAAGUUAGCAUCCUCUGUACAAGACGCACAAGUAUCAAAAACUAUUAGCACAGAUGUUAAGAGGAUAAACGUGUUGGGUAAAAGCAAAGUGGUAAAAUGUUUGUCGGAUGAAUGCACUGGUAUUCAAGACGGUGUGCGAAAUGUAACUAGAAAAGCUCAACAUGCAAAAUUAAAUGUCUCCAAAAACCAAAAGGUAAUUUCUGUUCCUACAAAAGUUCUUCCCGAUUCUGAUGUUCCAAGUUCAGAGUCUUCCAGGAUUCAGACUAGGUCAGGAACUCAAAAUGAAAAUACGGUUGAUUUAGAAGUUCAGACAAAUUUCGCAGACGUGACAAAAGUGAGGGAAAACAAUAGCGCAAAGAGCCGUGGCAAUGCUGAUAGCUGCAACCGUAAAAGUACCGACAGGAAUUCAGAUAAUUUCGACACGGAAAGCACAUUGUCCGAGAGUGGGAGCGAGCAUAGUAAUCACACGGAGGAUGAACAGUCUGAAUGGACUGGGAUGAAGUUGAACGGUGGAAAAGUUAUUUUAAGGAAAGCGAGAUUAAAGCUGGAUAACAAAUGUAUCAGUGGAACCGAGGGUCCCUUUUCGACGACAAACAGCAACAACGUUGCAAGUGGAAAUGGUAAUUUAGGUUUAACUGGUACCAUCAAGUGUGGGGUAUGUGGUGCUGUGCGGUUCUAUCGGUUUGUGAAACAGGCUCGAAAAUUUGGUAUUCACAGUUGCGAAUCGUGUAGAAAGUUUAUCAGUAAGAUGAUCAAACGACAGGCUUGCGCAAAAUCUACAAAUAGUACGCUUCCAGUUCUUCAGUGUCACAAAGGCGACGGUUUAUGCUUAGUACCGCCUGUCGUAAAAAGUCAACAAUGGAAUCUCAUGAGAUGCGUUUACAAGGCUAGAUGCCCGGCUUGUUGGUUAAAGAUGUGCUUGAAAUGUUACAACAUUCCUUCUUCUCUGAAAACAGGCUUGAACACAUUGUUACCACCGAUGAUGAGAGAUCCUCUGAAUAUUCCAUUGAUGUUGAAUCAAGAAGAUCACGAUAGCCAGGGACAAAAAUUGAUAUCUUCCAAGUUAGGUUGGCCCGCGGAAGACAGUUCGGAGAAGAACUUGUUCAAGUCAGCCAUGAACUGGAGGAACAUAGAAAUAGGUCAAAAAGCUAGUUUUCAAGGCACUGGUGGUUUCCUAUAUACAAAGUUGGAUAAAUUCGACUCGUCGUUGAAUAUAUCACCUAAUAAAAAGAGAAGAAAAAACAAUAGGAUAAAAGUGAGGAAGAAACUGAAGAAUCCAAUGUUCUCGUUACCAUCUUUGAAUCAAUGUCCGCAACCCCUGAGACAGAGACUGGAGUUGAAAGGGCCGAGAGUGAAACACGUUUGUCGAAGCGCGAGCGUGGCUCUCGGCCAACCAAUUGCAACUUUUCCCUCUGCAGAUGGGAAGGAAGAUACCGAAAGCAAUAAACACAUUCCGAAAGCUUUGAAGGAAAACGAUAGGAUAGAGAAGAAGGACGAGACGCAGAAGGAGAAAGAGUCGCAGAAACGUAACGACGAGAAUAUUGUAAAUCACGGUAUCGCAGUGAAUACGAAUACGCAGCAACCUCACCCGAAAAGAGGGAAAUCGCAAACACAGAAUAUGUCAACGUCAAAUUUUCAAGUGGUACCUAAAGCAGAGAGUGACACGUUGCACACGGUGUCUAUAGAUUUCUGGGAACAGUACGAUCCCACGGAAGUCGGUGCAAAAGGCUUUGCUCUCAUCGGUUCGGAACUGUUUCAUAUUCCUGCGAUUUGUUACCUUUGUGGAAGUGCUGGGAAAGAGCCACUGAUCCACUGUCAAUGCUGUUGUGAGCCAUAUCAUGCCUUUUGUUUGGAACCCAGUGAAUGGAAUGCUUGUGCUCAACCGAACUGGUGCUGUCCUCGAUGUACAAUAUGCCAAUCCUGCCAUCUAAGAUCUGGUCCAAAAUUGUCUUGUAUUCGUUGUCGUCAAUCAUUUCACCAUUCGUGUUUGUCAAAAUCUGGCGUUAGCGCGAGACUUUACAGUCCCGAGAGACCCUAUGUGUGUCAGAGUUGUGUUAAGUGUAAAAGCUGCGGUAGCGAAGGAGUUAACGUCCACGUGGGCAAUUUACCAUUAUGCUCCAUGUGUUUUAAAUUACGUCAGAAAGGAAAUUACUGUCCUCUGUGUCAAAGAUGUUACAACGAAAACGAUUUCGACACAAAGAUGAUGGAGUGCAGCGAAUGCUCGUACUGGGUACACGCGUACUGCGAAGGGAUUUCCGACGAACGUUAUCAAAUUCUUAGUUACUUGCCCGACACUAUCGAAUUUACGUGCAGCCAGUGUUCCUCGAAUCCAAAUUCCGUUUGGAGGAACGCCAUAGAAGCUGAACUGAAAGCUGGUUUCAUCGGAGUGAUAAAAUCAUUGAGCAAAAACAAAAAGACCUGCGCUGCGUUGAAAUGGAGCCCGAGGAAGGAAUGUCUGUGCAGAUCUAACGUUUCCAACGGGAAAAGAUUGGAUUUCUCGUGCGAGAAGACGCAAGAUUCAAAUCUGAACAGUGUGAAGGAAGGUGCGAGCGUGGAAGAAGCUGACGAGGCCAACGGUGGAAAGAUUAAAAGUACAGAGUUUGGUUGUAACAAUAACAACAAUAUCAACGGCAGUAGCAACAACAACAACAACAACAACAACAACAAUUCAAAGUGCGACUCGACGAGCAAAUCGGAGGAAGACCAACCAAGCGACAGUUGCAGCAACAGAAGAGGUUUGAGACGUCUUCGACAAAAAUUUCACCUGAAAGAGUGCUCCGUACGAGUGAAGAACUGCGCCGUGAGGCAGGAGACCCGUGAAGACAACAACGACAAGAGAGAUUCGAUGGCGGGUCAGGAAUGCUCGAAGGAGGGGAGUUGGAACGACACGACGGAGUGCCAUUGCUCGGAGCAGCAGAUCAUCGUGAGGCCGUCGCCGACGUUGAUGUCGGUAAAACGAAAGGUGAACAACAACGAGUACCAAACGUUGUUGCAGUUUCACUGCGACAUGGAGCGGGUGAUAAGUCGGAGCGGCGCAAAGGAGCUCACCGAGGCUUACCACGGGAUCUUGAAGGACGUGUUCCCGUGGUUCAGCCCGAAGAUGAUAAAGGGGGGCAACAACGGGAGGAGCGACGCGUCGACGACGGGUGGGAAGGACGCGGGGGUUGGCGGGAAGGACGGUGACGAGAGUGGUGGGCCGGUGACGAAGAUUCUGGACGACUCGAUUCUAGAGGUGUGGAAGGAGGAGGUGAUCAAGGCGCCGAAAGCGAUCGCGGCCAAGACGGCGAACUUGUACAGCGUGCACGUGGAGGACAGCAGGUCGUGUUGCUUGUGCAAGGGCCUGAGCGACGGCGCGGAAACGAAAGAGGGACGGUUGCUGUACUGCGGGCAGAACGAGUGGGUGCACUCGAACUGCGCCCUCUGGUCCAACGAGGUGUUCGAGGAGAUCGACGGUUCCCUGCAGAACGUUCACAGCGCCAUAUCGAGAGGUCGGCUGAUUCGCUGCACCGAGUGCGGGAAGAAGGGAGCGAGCGUUGGUUGCUGCGCGAAAAACUGCAACAACACUUUUCACUAUCCGUGCGCGAGGAGCGUCGGGCUUGCCUUCAACGACGACAAAACGGUGUUUUGUUGCUCGCACUUGAACAACUGCGCGCACAAAACGUUGCAGAACGAGAACGACUUUAGCUUGCAGAGGUCGGUGUACGUGGAGCUGGACCGCAAGAAGAAAAAGUACGCGGAGCCGAGUAAAGUAAAAGUGAUGAUUGGCUCGUUGAUGGUCGACUGCCUCGGCACGGUUAUACCCGAGUACUCGGACGCGGUCGAGAGGAUCAUACCUUGCGACUACAAAUGUUCACGGCUCUACUGGUCGACGGUGAAUCCGUUUAAAAUCGUCAGAUACUACAUUCGAACGUACGUGCAGGUGUACGUU